CUAGUCUAUCUUGUUCCAGCAUUCUUAAACGAGCAGUAGUCGCCAAUAAUCUUCGGACGACUGUCCACUGGGUUGGUUCUCUACGCAAAUCAGAACAAAUUGGCCUUUAAUUUUCUAUGAGGCCACUCUUUCACGGAAAAUAUCUCAGUUUUAUCUAGUGUUUGGAUUGUAAACUCCUGUGUCUCAAUUUUGAAAGUAAACGUUGUCGUUGGAAUCUUCAUACUCUUCUGUCUACUCGAAACUGCUCAUCAUGUUCCUCAGCAAAUCUCCACUUGCUUUUAGCAAAGGAUCCUUGACAAGGCAGAUCAUCAAUGGCCAUGGAGCGUUGUGGAGCAAGACACUGUCGACGGGUCCUUUAGCAGGCGAGCCAAAGCGUCCUGCUUUGACUACAGAAAUUCCAGGACCCGAAUCCCGUCGUCUACUACAAGAAUUAAAUACAAUGCAGGAAGCAGCCUCUGUGCAAUUGUUUGCCGAUUAUGAGAAAUCAACUGGUAACUAUCUGGUGGACGUCGAUGGAAAUGUUUUGCUGGAUGUGUUCAUGCAAAUUUCUUCAAUGCCUUUGGGUUAUAACCAUCCGGCGAUAUUGGGAGCUGUGGCUAAUUCGGAUAAUCAUAAAAUAAUAGCAAACAGACCAGCACUGGGCUCAUUUCCAGGACGCGAUUGGCCGAAAAGAUUGAAGAAUGUUUUACUGAGGAAAGGAGUAGCUGCACCAGGACUAACUCAGAUUACUACAAUGAUGUGUGGCUCUUGUUCAAACGAGAAUGCUUUCAAAAACAUCUUCAUAUGGUAUGCUGACAAAAAGAGACACGGUGCACCAUUUACCAGAGAAGAAAUGGAGUCUUGUAUGAUUAAUCAAUCACCUGGUAGUCCUAGAUAUUCAAUUUUAUCUUUCAAAGGAGCAUUCCAUGGGAGAACCUUAGGAUCACUGUCAACAACUCACAGUAAAUAUAUCCAUAAGAUAGAUGUUCCAGCAUUCGAUUGGCCCAUUGCAAGCUUCCCUGAAUACAAAUAUCCACUGGAGGAGAAUGUUAGGGAGAAUAAGAAAGAAGACGAGAGAUGUCUUGCAGAAAUUGAAGACUUGAUCGUAAAGUAUGAUAAGGAAAAGAAUAUUCCGGUCGCAGGUAUUAUAAUCGAACCGAUCCAAUCCGAGGGUGGCGAUCAUCACGCGUCGCCAGAGUUUUUUCAAGAACUCCGUAAAGUUUCAAGCAAGCAUGGUGCCGCUUUGCUAAUAGACGAAGUUCAGACAGGAGGUGGUCCUACUGGGAAAAUGUGGUGCCACGAGCAUUUUAAUUUAGAAUCUCCACCAGACGUAGUAACGUUCAGUAAGAAGAUGCAACUAGGUGGCUACUAUCACACGCCUGACUUAAAACCAAAACAGUCGUAUCGUGUAUACAACACCUGGAUGGGAGAUCCCAGCAAGUUAAUACUCUUAGAGGCGAUAGUGAAUACCAUUGAAAAAGAAAAUCUUUUAAAUCAAGUGGUACGCGUUGGCGAUUACACUUUGGGAAAAUUAAAAGAUCUUCAAAAGGAGGUCUCGGGCAAGAUUAACUCGGUUCGCGGUCGUGGCACCUUUAUUGCCUUUGAUUGCACUACACCUGCAAGUCGGGACGAAGUUAUCAGCAAGCUUCACGCCAAAGGCAUUCAGGCCGGUGGGUGCGGAGUCCAAGCUGUAAGAUUGAGGCCGGCCCUUACGUUCAACGAAUAUCAUGCUGAUAUAUUUUUGGACGCGCUACGCUCAAUUCUAAAAGAAUAAACGCGAGGCUGAACGGAAUGAUUCAAGCCGAGCGAGUUUAUUGUCUUCCAAUGUCAAAGAGUACACUGAUAAUAUUGUCUUCCAAAAUGAAUGUCGAUAAGAUUCUGUGGAUUAGUAUUUUUUUUUUUACGUGUGGCACAGCAACGACUGCCGUUAGCCUUGCUGAAAAUGUCUUCAAAAGAUAUUCUGCUGCAUUAAUUUAUUUUUAUAAACCUUUAUUUCUGUCAUACACUUGUUUCUUAUAGAGUCACAACGCAACAUUGUAUAAAAUGUUUACGAUUACUAUUAUAUAAUAUUACGCUUCUUGUCAUUCACAGUUUUCAAUCCAGUUCACCGUGACGGUAUUUUGUAUUGUAAAAUAUUCGCCAUUUUUUUUUAUUGGUUAAGUAUUACGAAGUUUUGAGAAUCAAUAAACGAUUCUUUAUUUAAA